AUGCUAAAAAAGGGAAAGUCUAGUGCUGAGGGACUCUAUGUUGAAAACCGAGGAAGGUCUAAGAAGCGGAAUGAUGGUAAAGACAAGGGAAAGACUAAGGAUCAGGGAGGAAGGUCUAAGUCUAGAAACAAAAAUGGCAAGAAAGGUACCUGUUUCAUUUGUGGCAAGGAGGGUCAUUGGAAGAGGGAAUGCCCAAUGCGUGGACAAAAGCAGAAUGAAAGCUCCUCUGUUAACACAGUAGCAGAGAUAAAGCAGCCUUUGGUCCUCACUGUGAGUUCUCAAUACACCAAGGAUGAGUGGGUUAUGGACUCCGGAUGUACCUUUCACAUUACACCAAACAAGGAGUUAAUGUUUGACUUGACAGAAUUUGAGGGAGGAAAAGUGCAUAUGGCAAAUAGCACAUACAGUGAAGUACAUGCCGGAUAUGAGUCGGAAUCUCAUCUCGUAUGGUAUGUUGGAGAAGUCAGGAUGUACCUACACAGGAGAAACUACAAAGUUACGUUCUUCAAAGAUGGUCAGAAGGUGAUUACUGGAAAAUACAAGAUGGCCUCUAUUUUCUCCAAGGAACAGUUUCUAAAGGGGAUGUAA